CAGUCUGUAUCGAAUCGUUCUACUAGUCGUAACGUCGCGACGCAAUGCAUACAUUCAUUGCAGUUCGGAACAAAAAAGAAGAAAUAAAAAUAUUUUGUAAUUUUUUAGACAAUCGGAAAAUUUGUUGAAAACAGAUCACAGCUAUAAACAAAUAUGAAGAAAAUUUGUUGAUUCAGCUAUAUUUCUGGUGAAAAUUGAUCGGAAAAUAUAUAUUUUUUUAAAUUCGCUUGAAAAUCUCUGAUAUGAAAAAGUGUUCUGAAGAGCAACACUAAGAGUAAAAUUAUGGUGAAUUAGAUUUAUUGAUUUUGUGGUUGUGUUAUUGAAUGAAAUUGGACAUAAAACAAUUAAAAGACAAUAAUUGUAACGUCUCUGACUAUGUGAAAUAAAUUUUAAUUAGCCAGUUACAAAAACAUUAGCAAUUACAAUGAGUCCUAGUAAGCGCCCCGUAGGAAAUAUAAACCGUAUACGAGAAUUUGAACUCGAAAAGGUUAUCUUAUCAGAGGAGUUCGACAUCCUGCAAAUAGUUGGUGAAGGAUGGUUCGGAAAAAUUCUUCUGGUAGAACAUAAGGCAACCGAUACCGAAAUGGUUCUGAAAGCGCUUCCCAAACCAUACGUAUCAUUAAGGGACUUCUACAGAGAAUUUCACUAUGGGCUUCAUCUGGGAGUUCACAAAAAUAUCGUGACAACUUAUGAUGUGGCAUUUGAAACCGCUGGAUUCUAUGUUUUCACACAGGAGUAUGCUACUCUAGGUGAUCUCACUUCAAACGUAAUGGACAGCGGUAUCGGAGAAUUACACACAAAACGAGUAGCCAAACAAAUUGCUUCGGCGUUGGAUUUCAUCCAUUCAAAAGAGUUGGUUCACAGAGACGUAAAGCUAGACAAUGUUUUAGUGUUCAGGUCAGACUUUGCCCGUGUCAAAUUAUGUGAUUUCGGAGAGACAAGAAAAGCAAAUGCAUCAGUACAGCGGAGAAAUGAGUGGUUACCCUAUAGUCCACCGGAAGUGCUGAUCGUUAACACAGACGAAACUUACAAAACGAAUCAAAUACACGACAUAUGGCAAUUCGGAAUCGUUAUAUUCGUUUGCUUGACGGGGUGCCUGCCGUGGCAGAAAGCCGCUAUCGAUGAUCCCAGAUAUAAUAGAUACUUGGUGUGGCAUGGAUCGUCGAUUGUGAAUCCAAUUAAAAAAACGCCCAAACUAUUCAAACUAAUAUCAGCCAAAGCAUGUCGAAUGUUUCGUAAAUACCUGGAACCGAAUUCUAGUCGACGUGCUCAAAACUUUGCGGACCUUGCAAAAUUUUUAGAUGAUAAAUGGUUAUGUAAACGAGCAGAAAAAGACGUAAUUGCUUCAGAGCCCGAUGAACUGUGUGCUUCGAUGUACUCGUUUCACAGUAGCAUAGAAGAAAAGAACAAACUUCUGUCGACCCUAGCAGAACAUGGUAUAGAGACGACGGUCGACCGAUCUGCUAAGAAGCAAAGAAUUCGUGACUGGAUACAGUCGUCUGUCAUUACUGAAGAAGAAGAGGAAGCCGAUUCAGGUACUACAACGCCCUCAUCAACUCACUCUCGUACACCGAUAGCUGGACAUGUAUCGUCAAUCCGUGCUACAUCUGAACCGAUCAAGAAAAUAACCUCAAACAUCAAAGAUGCGUCAAAGAAACACAUGGAUCCCAGAACGGGAAACAUUGAGCAGGGUCCCAGUCGUAUGGGAUUCGACUCGAAUGAAAAUAUGAAUAAAGAUUGUAGCCCCGACGAUGGUUCGUCCAACAAUACUCGCAAAACGACUACUCGCGCAGACAAUACCACCAACAACAGCUUUAGAGGUAAAAAGGAGAACACGGAAAAUGGUUCCAACAAUGUGUUGUCAAGACGAACACACAAUGAACCGUCUGGAUCCUCGCAAAAUCUAAUGUAUCAACCGAAUAACGACAAUUUUCCGGUUCACCCCGUCAUGGAUAGUGGGUAUGGUUCUGUGGAUAAGUUAAAAAUGAACAGAAGCGGACAGAUACGCUCGCCGGUACUGACACGCCGAUUGUCCAACAAAGUGGUAGCGCAUACUGUAAAACAGAAUGGAAGUUCGUUCGAUUCAGACGAUGUUGGGAGUGAUGGAAAAGGAUCGUCAGGUUUUGUACACAUAGUGGGUGUGUCGUCGCCUAUGAAAGACACAGCCUACGAUUAUGUUCGAAUGAAAAAGUGAAAUUUAAACAAUAAAACAGGAAUCCGUUGACAGUAAAUAUAUUGUUUUUAGUA